GUACGAAGGUUUAAGUGCUGUCAAGUAAGUAUAGAAGAAGGGAGAGGAAAGCAGUGGUGGAACCUUAGAAAAACGUGCUUCAAGAUUGUUGAACACAACUGGUUUGAGACUUUCAUUGUCUUUAUGAUUCUCCUCAGUAGUGGAGCUCUGGCUUUUGAAGAUAUAUAUAUUGAACAGCGUAAAACUAUCAAGACCAUGCUGGAAUAUGCUGACAAGGUCUUCACUUACAUUUUCAUUCUGGAAAUGCUGUUGAAGUGGGUGGCCUAUGGCUAUCAAACUUACUUUACUAAUGCCUGGUGCUGGCUGGACUUCCUGAUUGUCGAUGUCUCUUUGGUUAGCUUAACAGCAAAUGCAUUGGGUUACUCUGAACUUGGUGCCAUUAAGUCCCUUAGGACACUAAGAGCUUUGAGACCUCUAAGAGCUUUGUCACGAUUUGAAGGCAUGAGGGUGGUUGUGAAUGCCCUUUUAGGAGCAAUUCCAUCCAUCAUGAACGUGCUUCUCGUUUGUCUUAUAUUCUGGCUAAUUUUCAGCAUCAUGGGAGUAAAUCUGUUUGCUGGGAAGUUCUACUACUGUGUUAACACCACAACUGAUGAAAGGUUUGAAGUCGACCAAAUCAACAAUUUUAGUCAGUGCGAGGAACUCAUAAAAAACAAUCAAAGUGCCCGAUGGAAAAACGUGAAAGUAAACUUUGAUAAUGUAGGAUUUGGGUAUCUUUCUUUACUUCAAGUA